AUGGCACACCCCGAUCUCACCUCGCAUCAUGUCAACUACUUAAUAUGGAGGUACCUCCAAGAAUCAGGUCAUGGCGAAGCUGCAGUAACACUGCAGCGCGCAUGGAAUCGUGAUCCGCAGAGUCUGCCCUUUGCUCCUUACAUCAAAACCCAUGCCCUCGUGUCACUGGUUCAGAAAGGUCUCCAAUAUUACGAGCUGGAACAAUCUCUUGAUAAGGAUGGAAACCGAACGGCAUUUUCCCCCUCAAAUUAUUUCUUUGGGCCAGCCGCCCUGGAGGAACCGGAACCACCACAGAAAAGUUUAGGUGAGACCGGUGUUGGCACAGACCAAGCGCCUGUGUCGCCGACCAACAAAGUCGCGCGAGACGGUGCCGCAAUCAACGGUCACUUGGCGACGGCCGAGGCCCCUCCAGCUGCGCCUAACGGCAAGAAGAGUCGCAAGAGCGAUCGUGGGGAAGCCAAUGGCGACGAAGUCCCCAUGGAAGUCGACACCAAUGGGGUCCCCGACACCAAAUCGGCAAUGUCGCCAGAGCCCGGCGUGGAUGCAGAUGGCGACGUGAGCAUGGGCAUCCGCCCGGCGUCGCAGGAACCCCCAGCCCCGACUUUCACCUUGACCAACGGGCAUAGCAUUGGCGUUCAGAUCACCCCCGCCAAGGCGGCUGACCUCAGCCCUGACACCGCCAUCCUGGAUGUGGCGCAGGAUGACCACGUGACGCGAACGCUGUGGCGCCCCCGCGAUCCUACCAUCGUCGCCGCCGCCGGGGAGUCCUCCUGUAGUCUUUGGAAGCUGUCUUCAUCGGCGCCUCCAGUGCAGGAGAAGCUGGUCGUGAGUCGAGGAGAUGGCACAUGUGUCUCCGCCGUCGCGUGGGACCCCACCGGCCAGAAGUUGGCUGUCGCUACCUACAACGACAUGCGAGGCUCCAUUGCCAUGUACGAUGUGGCCGGAAAUGCAGUGGAUCUGUUGCCCGAAGUGCCCCGUAUGAUUACCGGCCUCCACUGGGCGGAGAACCGGCCGCACCUGAUUGUCGUGGCAUCGGAUAGCAAAGUCUCGGAGCUGGUACUUUGGGACGACUCCUUACGGCCGGACGAAUUCCCUCCCCCGCAGGUCGUCGAUGGAUCUAUUUACGAUCUCAGCUGGCUGGGGCGUAACCAGGCGUUUGCGUGUGGGAACGGCUCCGUGUACCAUUGCGAAGUGGACUCUAGCAUCAAUCGCACCAAGACAUAUACGUUUCCAGGAGGACCCGACAAACCGUGGACUUUCAUUCGGUGCACUCACGUCGGACCAGCCUCCGUUGCCGUGGCGGCUUCUGCUUCAGACCGGGAAUUCUGGAUCCCGACUCAUGACAUGCACCUUGACGCAGCGCAUGAAGGGGACAUCACCGCGAUUGAGUUGAAGCCCAAUGCUUCCGACCCAACCCAAACAAAUCAGCCAUUAGUUCUCGCUUCGGCCUCGACCGAUGAUACCGUGAAGAUUUGGCACGUCGAUCUCGAUUCGAAACGGUUUGAAUGCGUUCACCGACUCUUCCUCGGCCCAUCAUCCCCUGCUCUCGCCGGGUGCUUCUCCCCUGAUGGCUAUGCGAUUGCGGCCGCUAGUAAAGACAAAUUGUUCAUUUGGAAUGCUCAACGAGGAGGCGCGGCGAUGGCCACGUGGUCAGUUCCUGGGACUGAUGAGACAAAAAAUGAAGACGAAUCUGCCAGAACGGUGAACGGACACAAUGGGCAUGUUGACUCUAUUCCGGAUCGUUCGUUAUCUUGGGAUACGGAUGGGAAGAAACUCGCGUUCGGAUUCGGCGGACAGUUGGCGAUCGUGAAUAUGCAACGGUGA